CGGAAUCUGCCUCGCCGAGUGGGAACGGGAGGGGAAUGCUUGCGGUUCGGGGAUUGGGGGCAUCGAUGGGAAUCCGUUGGGGGAGAGAGGACAGGAAACAGGAAAUUCGUAACUCGUUGGCUAUUUCGUCAUCCUGGUCAGCGAUCCAGCGAGAAGCUACCUAUCGCUUAUCGACAUUCAUAACCCCUAAGGAAGAGGUCACGGAAGCGUUCAAAAGGCACCAGAUGUCUGGUAUCGACAUCUCUGGUGUGCGGUGGGGAGUGCCCGCAGACAUUGCGUACUUCGCUCUCCAUGGUCCGCAAGAUCAGCUACAAAAGCUGUUUGCUCUGAAAGACGUCAUCGGCCUCAAAGGUGUCGAUCUCAAAAGUCCUGAGAAGAUAGGAGGGGCGAGCAUAACCUAUAGCAUGAAAGGGUCACCGAGACAGGUUCAAAAGAUUCUGGCUGCAUCGGUACCAUACGAGAUAUCGGACCGCUUCUUUACUAGCCGGAAGGUCGAGGUCCAUGUAACCUGGGUGGUUCGAGAUCGAGACCUAGAAGCGGCAAAAGAAGCUGUCCGUCAAGCCUAUAGCCAGUAUUGUACCUUUGUCAAGCAGAGGAAGCAAUUACGCAUCAAAGCGGCAAGUGAUCUCCUUCAAGCACGCAAUUGGCCGGUACUCGCUCAGUCAACGGCACUCGAAGCGGUGGUUGACUCCACUGCGAGUACGGGCGCCUCCUCAAUCGGCAGCCUUCCGGCAAAUUUCGAAAACUUGAACUCGCUCAAUAACGAUCAUCAGGAUCUUGUUCCCGCUUCGGGCACCGGCUCUUCCUCGACUCUCGCUCCCGCUCCGAACACCGGCUCUUCCUCUUCAGUUGGUAGCUUCCCGGUAGAGCUCACUCACCAAGGGACUCGCAAGCGUGAACUCAGUCAGGAGACCCAACUGAAGAAUACAAAAGCCGGAAAAGCCCGCAGGGUCUCGUGGGGCGUCAAUGAGAUUCGAUUUUACGAGAAAAAGAGGACCCCGAAGCCGAGGUGGAACAGUUAGAAACGAAGGCAGCUGAUCUCAGAGCUGAGGUGAGGGAUUGCAAGGCAGACGCAUCCCAGUUUAGAAGUGAUGCGGAGUUCUUGGAGGAGAGGGCGAAGGUUUUCUCAGAGAGGGCAGAGAAGCUGGAAGAAGAAGCGAAGCGAAUGAAGACCGGAACAUAGGCGACUCCAGAAGUCACAGAC